UUAAGAACAUUUCUGUCCCAUCUUGUUGUUAUAUUCUCUUUAGAAACCGUGUUUAUAUUUCCAGGUUGUGACAGUGGGUUUGGUGCUGAAUUAUCCAAAAGACUCGAUAGUCUUGGAUUCACAGUAUUUGCAGGAUGCUUGAUGCCAGAUCGAGAAGGUGCUCAGAGUCUGAAAGAAGCAUGCUCCGACCGUCUUCAUAUCGUUCAUAUGGACGUGACGGAUGAUUGGUUGGUCCGAAAAGCUUUGGAAUAUGUGAAAAAUAACAUAGGAGACAAUAUGUUAUGGGCGUUAGUGAACAAUGCUGGUGUUGCAGUAUUUACUGAAAUAGAAUGGUGUUCUGUUGAACAGUUUACUAGAAUCAUGGACGUCAAUGUUAUAGGUGUAGUCCGGGUCACCAAGGCCUUUUUACCACUCAUACGUCACUCUAAAGGCCGGGUCAUCAAUGUAGCAAGUUUAGCAGGUCGAUUCACUCUACCAGCGUUUUCUGCCUACUCCAUGUCCAAAAAAGCCUGUAUCGCCUUUUCCGAUGGUUUGAGGUUGGAGAUGUCUAAAUUUGAUGUCAAGGUGAUCACCAUAGAGCCAGGCCUGUACAGGACACCAAUCGCUAAUGAAAACUACCUGAUAGACCAGAACAGAAAAUCAUGGGCUGAAACACCAAAAGAAAUACGUAAUGAUUACGGAGAUGAAUAUUUCGAUGCAUUUUUACAAAAUAUAACGGACCAAAUGAAACGAGCACGACCGCACGUGCAUGAAGUGACAGAUUUGAUGGUGCGUGCAGUUGUGACGAAGGACCCACAUUAUCGUUACGUACCAUAUUGGAUGACGUAUUUAAGAUCUGAGCUCAUUAUGAUGCUCCCUGUGUCCAUUACUGACAAAUAUUUUAAGGCCAUUUCUGUUAAGUGUGACACACAGUCCAAGAGACGUGAAUCCGAGCGAGAUCGACCCAAUGUUAAGGAAAAUGGAAAAAAUAAAUAA